CCAGGAACGGCAUGCCGCACCUGGGGCGGCCCCGACAGAAGCCCGCGCUCGAGCUCGGCAAGCAGUACAAGGAGUGGCUGGAGUUCGUCCGGCCGCCAAGCUGGUUGAAGUCGACAGACAUCACAAGCACGGAGUUCGUCGGCGAGCCCUUCAAGUGCAAGACGAACUUGACGAGCAAGGAUGCGCCUUUCUUGCACCCGUUCUUUCAGUUCAGGAUACCGGUGUUCGGGGUGCGCGUGCGGCUGAAGGACGUUAGCCCGGGUGCGCUGAAGGCUGAUCCCAAAGGAGAGGGACGCCUACUGUGGGACGCGGUCUUUUUCGGGGGCCCCGGCAACGACUACACCGUGACGAACACUGCGGUCCCGACUGGCAAGCGGCCCUUGUUCCCGGAGUUCUGCCCCCCCCUGCGGCGCGACGCGAAGUACGAGCUCCGCCUGACCCACUGGGACGACAGUCCGAAGUUUGACGAGCUGCUGGAGCUGGUCGUGAAGCGGAAGGUGCUGCAGAGGCAGAGCUCAGGGCCUGAUCAUCCGCCUCGGCCCGCCGUUCUUGACCGGCCAGGCGCCCGCGGGCCCGUGCACGCCGGCGAUGCCGCGGAGGUGCUGGAGGCGAGCGGGAGGCCGGCCGUGGCCUUCCUGUGACCUGCGGCCUUGCCCUCCUCGCCCCCCCCCCCCUGGGGAGCCGGGCGCAGAGGUGCGCCGUGCGGAGGUGCGCCGCUCGGCAAAGAGGGAGCUCCGAGAGGAGAAA